AUGUGGUUGAGAGUGGAAGGGUUCAAAGAUCUGGUGAGGAGAUGGUGGACAGGCUACACUUUUAGUGGCUCUUUUAGCCACAUCUUAGCCUGCAAGCUAAAGGCAUUGAAGCAAGAUCUCAAAACCUGGAACAGAGAGGUUCUUGGGAAUGUUUUCUCCAAUAAAGAGGCUGCCCUCUCUCAGAUUGGUUAUUGGGAUGCCAAAGAAAGUGAUUUGGGACUUUCCCCUGAAGAGGCGGAGGCUAGAAGAAGGGCUGUGGAGGAUUUCAGUAAGUGGGCAACUAUGGAAGAGGUUUCAUGGAGGCAGAAAUCUCAGCAGCCAUGGCUGAAAGGUGAUGAAAAUUCUCGGCUUUUCCACAAGAUGGCUAAUGCUCGGAGGAGGAGGAACUAUUUGAUUGCCAUCAAAGUGAAUGGAAGACGGUUGACAAAGGAAGAAGUGGUAAAGGAAGAGGUGUUAAUCUCUUUCCAAAGAGUUUUGUCAAGGAUUGAUGAGUGGAGGCCAAGCAUCAGUGAGCUGGCCUUUUCGGUUCUGGACAGAGAAGAAGCGAGUGUGCUGGAGAAUCCUUUUUCUGAAUAA